AACUGUAUUGCUGUUUGUAUGUAACCUUAAGUCUACUAUAGUACAGGCCUAUGGUGGUUCGUUCGUGUUCACUUGCACGAACCGCUGCUGGCACUUACGCCCGUGUCGCCUAACAAGUGCCUGCAUGGGUACUGAGUACCUGUUCUUCACAUGCUUAGCUGAUAGAUGUUGUUGUAAAAUAACGUUGAGACUACAGGAGUUUCUGUAAUACUGGGAACUCAGUUUGCAAUUUGUAGAUAUGUCGUUCCAAGUAGGAUCGCUCAGCUACAAAAACCGCCAGUUUAUACUUGAGGAUAGACCGUUUACAAUACUCAGCGGGGCCAUGCACUAUUUCCGUAUACCACAACAGUACUGGCAAGACCGACUGCUCAAGCUGAAAGCAUGUGGCCUUAACACAGUGGAAACGUAUGUCCCUUGGAACCUUCACGAAGAAAUCAAAGGACAGUACAGUUUUGACGGCAUGUUGGAUGUAAGAAAAUACAUGCAAAUGGCCCAUGACCUUGGUCUGAAGGUCAUCCUUCGUCCAGGGCCGUAUAUUUGUUCAGAGUGGGAUCUGGGUGGGCUUCCAAGCUGGCUUUUACACGACCCUGAGAUGAAGCUCCGGUCAAACUAUCCGCCCUACCAGAAAGCCGUGUCCGACUUCUUUGAGAAACUCAUUCCUAUGGUAACAGAUCUGCAGUAUAGUCGUGGUGGUCCAAUCAUCAUGGUCCAGGUGGAGAAUGAAUUCGGUAGUUAUAGUGACGAAGAGGACCAUCUCAUCUUCAUUAAAGAUUUGCUAAUAAAGUAUGGUAUAACAGAAUCUCUGGUGUUGUCGGAUAACAUACAAGGUGCACGAAAAGCCCUUAUUCCUCAAGCUCUGUUGACUGUCAACUUUCCGGAUGUGAAGGAUGGUUCUCGUCUGUUUAACAUGAUCCGGGACAUGGGCCCAAACCUUCCACUGUUGGUGAUGGAGUUCUGGACCGGCUGGUUUGACCACUGGGGAAAGAAACAUCACACUGUGCCCCCAGACGAUUUUGCCAAGGUUCUAAGGUUCAUCCUGGAAGACCACGCCUCCGUUAACCUGUAUAUGUUUCAUGGUGGCACGAAUUUCGGGUUCAUGGCCGGGGCCAACUUUUUCUCCGAAUACCAAGCUGACGUGACCAGUUACGAUUAUGACGCCAUGUUGUCCGAGGCGGGAGAUAUGACACCGAAAUAUUAUCGAACUCAGCAGAUUGUCCAUGACUUGAUACUCAAACCUCAAGGUUUGUCUCUGCCAAAUAUUGACGUGACUGAUGUUCCGAAAAUGGCAUAUGGAUCUGUUAAGAUGGAAGUCUGGUUGGGAUGGGAAGACAUCAUUUCUCUUCUGGAGCCAGUGUUGUUGAAAAAUGUGGUUACCAUGGAGAUGCUGGAUAUUAACAAUGGUGGCGGACAAAAUUUUGGUUAUAUUGUAUACCGGAAGGAGCUGACCAAAGGCGGGACAUUGACCAUUGAGGGUUACGUCAGAGACAGAGCACAGAUUUUUGUAGAUGGCAAAGAGACAGCAGUUCUGGACUGUAAAGUCAAGGAUCAGGAGGUGGACAUUAGGACUUCAAAGGAUUCUUUUAUUUUGGACAUCUUGGUAGAAAAUCUUGGGCGUGUGAAUUACUGUGAUUUCAAAACAUCAAUACUCAACGAGCAAAGAAAAGGAAUCUGUGGGAACGUACUUUUGGACGGUGAUCCCCUGGAGGACUGGCAAAUUUACCCUUUAGAGUUCAAGGCGCCAUUUCAGAAAAGUUUACUGAACCAUAAAGCUUGGUCUCCGUCAUUCGGCGAUGGCCCCUGUGCCUCUCGUGGAGAGCUGGUCGUGGAGAAUGCACCUCAGGAUACUUUCCUGAAAAUGGAGGGCUGGGAAAAGGGAAUUGUGUUUAUGAACGGGUUCCACUUGGGCCGAUAUUGGAAUAUUGGCCCUCAAAGGACACUCUAUGUGCCGGCACCUGUCCUGAAGACUGGGUCAAAUCAGAUACUUAUUUUUGAACUUCAUAAAAGUGGAUCUGUGAUAACAUUCGAAGACCAGCCUGAUCUUGGAUGAGAAAGCUUACCAUUGUGUUGAACUAAUGCGGGACUUUACAAACCCUUCAGUGACAGUCCCGAAGGCAUCAACAGAGAUGUUUUCCUUCAGUGUUUUGAUCAGCAGGAAACCCCCAUCAGACCAACGGUCAUUCUGUGCACGAAAUCAUACAUUCAUGACGAUCAUUCUGAAUAUAUAUUAAUCGAUGUCAGAAAUGUGUUUUAAUUAUUCAGCUAUUAAAAUUUGAACCGAAAUAUUUUAUAUAAAUUUUUUUUAUUUUCUCAUUUUCCACAAGUGUGUAUGGCU